AUGACGGCCUUCAACGGAGACGAUAGAGAUGCUGAUCAUGGAGGAGACGAUACUGUGGAUUCUCGGCAUGUCAACUUUGAACCGGCUUCCGUGCGAAGCACUAUGGCAUUGAUGGGAUCCUCGUCCGAGGUUCUGCAUUCCUACAGAAGACAUCCCAGUGACAACGGGGAAGAUCCCGUGGUGUCGUCACCUGGUGGACGACGAAGAUCCCUGCAGUUUGGAGCUUCUCAUACCAUGGAUCGCUUGCGAACGACCUUUCUCGCCGAGAGUCCAUCUACCUUAAUAGGGCUGCUCCCUCAUAUGGGAUCGUCCAGCGAUGAUGCCGACCAAGAGCUAGCACCCAACCAAACCUUGCCUCAGCGCAUGCGAAAGAGCCAUCGAGUGCCGGAUCCGAGCAGUUUCAAUGCAGAGUCUGAGAAAAGAAUUGGCUUGGGGAAAAUGGUUCAGAAUAGUUUAGGUCAAAUCCCUGCCAUCAUUUUGAUUGCACUGUUCCAUCUAAUGAUUGGAAUUCCCUUUGGCGUAUCCUACUUUCCCAUUGGAUGGAAGAGCAGUACGGAGGAGGUAUCCUCCAACAAUGCUACCACAGCUUCGGGUGCUCCCGAUGACUUUGUGAAUGGACCCUUCCCACUGCCCGGGAAGGAAGCACUAGGGAUUCGGAUGUUUUUGUAUGCCACAAUCAUUGCCCAAGUUGUGCUAGCAUUGAGGAGUGAUUUUCAUUCUGCGAUUGGGCUGGAAAUGGUAGAAAAUGUACCAUUCUAUCAUGAGUUGGCGGCAACCGCCAUCAAGCAUUGCGGCUACGGGAUGGAAGCCCUGGUUACCUUAUUCUUCAUGUUUGGAAUAGCCAGUGUCAUUGUGGGCAUUGUGUUCUAUGGUCUAGGCAAGUUUGAGCUUGGAAGGAUUACUUACUACUUUCCAGUGCACGUGCUGGUCGGCUGUAUCGGUGGCAUUGGUCUCUACAUCGCCAGAACGGGGCUGGAGGUUACCAUGGACGUUGCACUGACAGUGGAGCAUAUCAUGGAAUAUUGGCAGCUACUGAGGGUCACGAUCAUGUUUGAAAUUAUUCUGCGCAUCUUGGAGAGAGUCACGUUGGAUGCAGAGGGCAAACCACGAUACGCCCUACUCUCGCCAAUCUACUUCUGCUCCAUUACACCCAUUUUCUACCUCGGCCUACUGAUACUGCAAGUGCCAGUACAGGACGCAAGGGAUGAUGGAUACUUUUUCCCAGCUAUUGAGACCGCUUCCAGCGGCACAGCGACAACCAGCAAUGCUGAUGGUGGCAUAUGGCAAAGCAUCAUGUCAGAUGAAGGCAUUUUUGACAUGUGGAGACACCUGGAUAUUCGAGUAGUGUCGUGGAAGGCAAUAUUUGAGUCAAUCCCGACCAUGAUUGCUUUGACACUCUUCUCCCUGAUCCAUGUCCCCAUCAAUAUACCAGCACUGGGUAUAUCCACCAACACUGACGUUGACAUGAACAACGAGCUUAUUGCACAUGGAUAUUCCAACUUCCUCUCGGGCAUUUGUGGUUGCGGCCUACAGAACUAUCUUGCCUACACACAAAGCGUUGUAUACCAUCGAUCCGGUGGGAGGGGAAGGCCCUCUGGGAUCGCUGUGGCCAUUGUCACCGCAGCACUGUUCGUCGUUGGACCAACGAUCGCUUCAUUCAUACCUCGUGCCAUGGCUGGAAGCCUUCUCCUCCACGUUGGCAUCGACUUGUUCUUGGAAGGAGUAUACGAUUCAUGGGAAAAGUUCGAUGGCCUGGAAUACGCAGGUAUUUGGCUCAUUGUUAUCGUCAUGACUCUCCAAGGCAUGGAGGCAGCCAUGAUAGCUGGCAUUAUAGCCGCAGUGUCAACGAUUGCUGUCCAAAACUCCAUGUACCUCAACCCCAUAAGAGGCAGCAUGUCUGCCGCGACCUUGCGGUCGAGCCACCGAAAUCGAAACUACCAAGCGAGGGAUGUCCUGGAUUGUCCUCAUAAAGGGAGGGCACGAAUCAUUGUCAUUCAACUGCAAGGGCAUCUUUUCUUCGGCAACUUUGCUCAAUUGACCACCGGUAUUCACAAUCGACUGAAUGAAAUGAACAAGGACAUUGAAGGGCGUCGAAUUGUCAUCUUGGAUUUCACUCUUGUCGUCGGAAUCGACUCGUCGGCGGCACAGGGGCUGAUAAAGCUCAAAGAAUCUAUGCAGAAGAAGCAUAGGGUAGAUGUUUGCAUUCACGUCACGGGGUCUGAGGACGGCUUUCCUUGUGAGUUUGAUCUCUCGAAAGAACUGACAACCAGUCAUCACCACAACCGAAGAAUUCAAAACAGGAAACAAGCCAAGAAGGCUGUUGGUGAUGCUUGCACCGAAGUCGUAACAGAGGCGACCAGUCUACUUCACGCGACGGGCUCAUGCGACAGCCUGUUGCUAGAUGAUGAAGAAUGUCAUGAGUUGAUGAAUUACAGCGGCAGUUUCGUAAUGGAGUCUUUGGAUCUGGCACUCAUUUUCGCAGAGAACAUUUUGAUUUGUUGGGAAGACCCCACUCUGCUCGAUGAUUACGAUCCGAGAGUGGGCGUGGUCGAUCAUUUCGAUCCAAAGUGGAAGGAGCAUUCUCACAAUCCACCUUCGUUGAUUACCAAUGCCAUGCUCUACUCAUCACACUCAAGUACCAACUUUGCUAGCGAAGAGGAGGAGAAGGAGACAGUUCUCAAGUGCUUUGAGAACAUGAACCCUGAUCGGAUCUUCACCAAGCAAGAUAUGGAGGUCCUGUUGUCAUAUUUCACGCGACAAACAUAUGCAAAAGAUGAAUAUCUUUGGAGGCAAAAUGAAGCUAGUGACUGUGCAAAACUGCUUCUGAGUGGGAUGCUGAUGGCCAUGUUAGAGAACGAAGCUGGCACCAGCGAACUUAUCUCUAGCGGCAAUCUCAUUGGAGAGCUGGGCUUGGUACGAGGCAUCGCACGAAUGAGCUCUGUGCAGUGCAUUUCAGAUGACGGGGCAAUUGUAUACAGCCUGAGUCGAGACUCCUACGAAGAGCUGAUUAAGUCCAAUCCGCAGGCUGCCCGAUUCAUCGACCUUGUCUGCAUUCAGUACCUGGCGAACAGAGUUCAGCAUGUCAGCAACCGGAUAUUCGAAACACGCUGCCUUCCAAUCUAA